UCCUCCACCCUGAGGACCACCGGGCCUCGUGUCCUCCACCCUGAGGACCACCAGGCCUCAUGUCCUCCACCCUGAGGACCAUCGGGCCUCGUGUCCUCCACCCUGAGGACCACCGGGCCUCAUGUCCUCUUUCAUGAAAAUUACUGUGAAUUUAUGGUUUUCGUCCUUUAUUUGAAUUUCUGGCCAUUUGGAUUGAUCUCCAUAAUUGCCGGCAAUAUCUUUACGGUUUACGAUCUGGAGACCAUCUAAACUGGGAGAGUUUGUGUUGGUGGUUUUUGUCGGACUCCUCAUCCACGGGUGCGUCGCUCUCCCGGCGUUGCACUGCCUGAUGGUGAGACGUAACCCGUGGCUUUUCAUCAAGGGCGUUCUCCCUGCCUUAUGGACUCCUCUGAUGAUCUCCAGCUCGGCCAUGUCGUCCAUCGCUCUACGAUGCUGUGGAGAGAAACGACGUGGACCCGCGAGUCGCCCACUUCUUGCUGCCCAUCGCGGCCACCGUCAACAAGGACGGGUCAGCCCUUUACGACGUGGUCGCCGUCGUGUUCCUCGCCCAGCUCAGCGGCAUCGAACUGAGCUUGAGCAGGAUCAUUGAAAUCAGGUGAGUCGCGGUUAAAUCUCUCUCUUCGGUCCUCGAGUGAAACCGAUGUUAAAAAACCAUCCGUAGUUGCGUUGGUCAGGAAGACGUAAUACGGCAUGUUUAGGACAUGAGAAGAACCGUUUUGCAUGACUGUCUUCAUCAACCGACUCGAGUCGCUCAGUGAGCAGCCGGUGUGUUUCAUCUCCAGGCUCAGCGCAGCAGGGACCCCGGCGACGGGAGCCGUGACCACGCUCUUCGUUUUGGAGGUGGCGGGCUUACCCACAAAGAACGCCUCCAUCUUGUUCGCCGUGGAAUGGAUCCUAGACCGCCUCAACACGGUCGUUAAUGUCUGGUCGGACUGCGUCUGCGUGAAAAUUGUCGACGUCCUGUCCAAAAGGGAACUGGAGGACAUCGAGCAAGAGCAGACGCCGCGUGAUGACGCAGAGGGACGCUUCACGCCGGGGUCAGCAGGUCAGCAGAUCCUGCUUCCCAACUCCCACCUGCCACCGCCACCUGUUCCUCAUUCCCAUCUCAACUCUUACCCCUUUAGUAUUAGUAUUUAGUUUUGUGUUUUAUAAUUAUUAACUCUUACCCCUUUAGUAUUAGUAUUUAGUUCUGUGUUUUAUUAUUAUUAACUCUUACCCCUUUAGUAUUAGUAUUUAGUUCUGUGUUUUAUUAUUAACUCUUACCCCUUUAGUAUUAGUAUUUAGUUCUGUGUUUUAUUAUUAUUAACUCUUACCCCUUUAGUAUUAGUAUUUAGUUCUGUGUUAUAUUAUUAUUAACUCUUACCCCUUUUCCCCUUUAGUAUUAAGUGUUUAAUUGUUUUAUGAAAGUAGAGUGUUUAAUUGUUUUAUGAAAGUAGCGACGGUCCGACUGAGUAGAAACUUCUGCUGAAGACGACUCGACAUUCACGAUGUACCAAAUAACAUCUUCAACAUCUUUAGUUCGUAGUUGAAUAAAUCUUCUUGUCCUAAUUAUGAUGAGGAUUCUGACAUUUCUGUUAUGUGAAUAAACCAAACCAGUCCAAAUGCA